UACGUGAACGUGGUGUUUUGAAGCCGCGCUGCUGUGUGGACGUGAACGCAGCACAGGAGGGUGACGCUGAAGUUUUCGUUUAUCUCUUUCUUUAUUUUGACAGUCCGAGUUAAAUGUUUAAUUCAAGUUCACAAAUGAGCUAAAGGUACUUGCUGGAUGGAUAAACGAAAGUGAAAGUGGGGUUCGUAGACAACAACGCGCGCGCUUCCGGCGGAUAUUGAGCAUGUCUCUUCUUCAUGCUGUUGAUGAAGCUGUGAAGAUGUGCAGAGCUGAAGAAUCAAGACUCACUGAAAACGUCAGGCAGUGCAAAGAGAUUUUAAACUCAAUGAGAACACGUGUGACAGAAACCAGUCACUUGGAAAAUCCAUCCAGCACUGAUAUUAUAGAUGAUAUUUUACCUCAGGAAAAGCAAGAAAUUGAAAUGUUGGAGCAGGUGUUGAAAAAAGCGCUGAAAAUCCGCAACACAUCUGAGGCUCAAAAAGAACUUCACCCUGAUGGUGCCCAUAAAAAACACUGUAACAAAAGCAAGCAUAAAGCUCUUGUUAAUUAUACAGUUAAGGAAGAAGGUAAAAGAAAACCAGAGAAAUAUGUUUCCACAUCUGAGACGAGCAAAAAGCCCAAUCACAGACGAGCAGCUGGUGGGAGUGUGACCCACGGGGCUCCCUGGACACGGCCUGUCCUGCUCCGGAAAAGUUCAACUGCUCAUACAAUGUCUAGAGGAAGGCUUACAGUCCCAAAGAGUUCUUCGGUAAAGAUCUCUUCCACAGAAUCCCAACAGAAGAUCUGUGUCAAAACCACAAACAUUAAAGAGUCAUCUGAAGAUGAUUCACCAUCAGUCUCUUGCCAAGAAGCGUCAACAUCUGGCAAAGAUGAGAAAUCCACAACAGAAAGCGAGCAGUGGAUACCGUCUCCUUUGAUGCCAGUCUGGCGAGCACAGAGAACGAAACAGAACCGAUUGUGGAGGAAAGUGUUAGACCAGCAAUCAAAGCCAGUUCCAGAAAGAUCUCGGUUUACAGAGAGACUUCGGGCAACUUUCCCAUCAGAAUGGCCUUCCAGACCUCCUGCUAAUUUCCCAACAGAGAUGGAUGUGUUUUCACAGCAUUGUCUUGACCUGAGACACUGCUUCCACACUGAACUACAGGCCCUGAAGAGCUCAGAUAAAGGAACAAAGCAUGAGAUACAAUAUGAGUCCUUGCGGAUGCUGGAGGGUUUGGAGAAGAUGACGGCAGAACUUCUUGCGCAUAUUGAUCAUCACAAGAAAGAUUGGGAGAGGUGGGAUAAGUGGAGCUCCAGGUGUCUGUGUCCUGUUCGCAGGAGAGGUGAAUGGGUUGACCGUGAUGGAUCCGUCCUGCCGCCAAUCCUGUCCUACACCAGUGAGGAGGAACUAAGAGAACUGGAGAGACAAAAGCUUAGAGUAGAGCAACUUCAGCAGGCCCUUCAUCUACAGCAGGCAAUGUCCGAAAGCCUUGCGGGUUUCUGGGACUGCCCUCCUGGUGGAGAACGGUCCAGCGCUGUAGCUUUGCGUGGUCUGUACUCUCUUCUGGCGGAGGGAGGCGUUCAGUUCCCAUCGCUGGUUUUGGAUUCAGAGUGAGACUUACUCGAAAAACAAGACUGUAUUUCAUGGUUGAUCCGCUGCAUUCCAAGAAGCACAGCAGGGAGGUAUAUCUACAAGCUGACACCAAACCAUCUCCAAAACUCCAAACAUGUUCUCUGUGCGCGUUUGUCUUUUAAUGGGUCACACGAGCGACUGCAGCUGCUGUUCACAAACUCGAAUAAAGCUUCCAGCUGACGUCUCUCAGGAUCCGUGAGUGAGGAUUUCAUUUCGUUUCGUGUCACACUCCUCCAUCCAGCAAGCAUUAUCCUCUAUUACUGCCUUUAUGUGGCUUUCUGAUGAGCUCUUCCUGUAUGAAUUCAUUACUCAGCCUGCCAAACCACUGGCGUCUUUUGAAUACUAAUGACAUCCCUGCUUAAACAACGGCAACAAAAACAUCACAGACUUCUAAUUAUUUUAAAGUCCGCGUGAAAUGAAAUUUGAAAUGUCAGUUUUGCUAGCUUACGUUGUUAUUCUUACACUGUAUCCUAACAUGACACGAUGCAAGAUUCUAGCGACAAGCGAUUUGUUUGUUUGCACCAAAAGCAACGACACACGACAGAAGCAUUUAAAUAUCAGCCACUGCACAAAAGGGUGAAUGUUUUUAAUCUAAUUAAUACAUAUUAAAUAAUGAUAAUAAUACAAAUUUUGUAUUUGUUUUGGCGUCACGGUGGCGCAAUGGGUAACACGAUUGCCUAAUGCCUACUUUAGACUGCAUGAUUUUAGCCCCGAUUUUGACUCGCCGACAA